GAGGAGGAGAAGGCCUCCCACGCGUGGCCAGUGGAAACCACAAACCAGAGGUUGGAAGAGGGAGGAGGAGUGGGAUGUCUCUCCUUCUUGCCCACCUCUCCUAAGCCAAACCCAGCAGAGCUCAGCCUCAAAGCUCCUUUUCCUUCUGCUGCUGCUGCUGCUGCUGGACACAAGGGAGCAACAAUGACUUCUGACCUAGUUCCGAUGAAUCCAAUGGCGUUCUGUGAUGGAAUCCUUAUUUUUGCUGAAGAUCAAGAGGACAAAGAUCUAGAAUGCGACAGCUGGAAAAAUUCUGGAAAAUGUGAAAGGACCCAAAUCCUCCGAAACAGAGACAACUAUGUCCUCCUAGCACAACCAGACGAUCAUGAAGACUACCGGGCCGUAUUUCAGUUCAUGACAGACCAAGAAAUGCAAAAUGCGUCCGGAAUCAAAUUCAACAUUCACAGCUAUGAAGACUCAAGGCCAAGAGGGCUGUCGGUGGCUUUCACCAUCGAAUGGAACCGCAAAACAUACUACAUGUGUGUGGCGAAAAGAAACAGCCAAAUGAAGGUGGAAUUUAAGGAAGGAGAUGUGCCAAAACGUAUUCCUGGGCAAACCAGUAAUGUGAUCUUCUACAAAAUGUCAUUUUCUGAAGGUGGCAGUCAGUUCUACCGGUUCGAAACUGCCCUGGAACGAGGUCAUUACCUUGCGUUUGAGAGGGAUGGGAACAACACCACAAGACUGAUUAUAAAGAAAGCCACGGACGAAGUGGACCAAACCACAGAGAUAUACCACGCCUCUUUCCCCUAAACACAUGAAUAAUCUUUGUCCCAAAAUAAUUUUAUAAUAUAGCACAUACCGUACUGUUGAGAGAGCAUGGGGCUAAAAGGCUACAUUAAUGAUGUAACAACCAAGGUAAAAACAAAAUGAGCAACACCUUAAAGCCCAAAAAUCAUGAUUAUAAUCUCUUAAGGUGAAUCUGAAUACUAAAAUAAUGUAAUAAAUGACAUGUUCCAAGAAUUUUAA